AUGAGACGUGCUGUGGCGAAGUUCAUUCCGAAUAAACUCGGAACCAUAGCCAAUGAUCAAGACGCAAGACCCCCAACAACCAGUUAUAACCAAGCCUCGUCGACCUCGUCGUCAUCUUUAGGAUCACUACCGCAAGAUUUAUUCAACUUCAAAUUAGACCACAGUUCGGUCGACGAUUUUUACAUCCAAUUAGAUAAUCCGCAUAGGUCUUAUUUCCCCGGCGACGAAGUCUACGGAUCAAUUAUCCUAACCACCAAGAAGAAUCUUGCUAACAUUGUUAUCAUCUUGUCACUUAUAGGACUAGUUAAAGUCAGUGCUACGUCGUCAUCCAAACUAAGACCAGUAAAACAUCUUUUAUUUGAUCAUUCCAUCACCAUUUAUGGAGGACUCCCCCCCACGGACCGACAGCAACAACAAGACUUCUCCAAUGGGUUAAGUAAAGGAGAACAUCGAUUCCCCUUCAUAGUCAAACUACCAAAGAAAAAGGUGUAUACAAGUAUAGACUUUGGCCGGGGGGCUAUUCAAUACUCCUUGAAGGCAACUCUAGCCAGCAACUCGUUAAUUACCGCACCCCUCAAUAAUCAUUCCUCAUCCACAAUAGAUCAGUCACAAUCCUCGGAUAUAACCACCAAGAAACCGUUUAAACUAUUACACAACUCCCCCUACACUUCAGAGAAACUCAUCAAGCUAGUUAAUCCAAUAGAUGUGUCGAAGUUGCCUCCGGUGAAACCCAAACGAUUACUAAUCAAGAACUCCAAAGAUCAACAGAUCCUCCAGCCGAUUUCGGCAGCCCAAUCACCAGCAACCCCUAACACCACAAGCAAUGGCACCAUGAAUGGAACGCAGUCAGGCAGUCUAAAUAAUUUUACUUGUCCAAAGGGCUCCGGUCAAGCGGCAGGAACAGGCAUUGGAACUGGCUCAAGCAAUGGCACAAGUUCCAGUCCAGCUUCUUUGUUCCCUUCUAAUGGCCUGGCACAGAACAAUAAUAACGCAUUAACUCCAACCACAGACGAUAACUCGCCCCAAAGCAUACCAUCACCUGAUAACUCUAGGAAGUUAUCGAGGACCCAGUCAGCUGCCUCGACCGUCAAUACUUUUGCAACUGCGUCGUCCAAUAACUCUGAAGCGUAUUCGUUGACAAACAUCAAUUCCAGCUCGACCGUGACUCCCUCGACACAACAAGGUCCCUCUAUCAAGGUCUCGUUAGACAUUUCGUCCCGGGGCUACUUGAGAGGAGAGUCAAUUCCUAUCAAGAUCAACGUCCACCAUAUGAGGAAGAUCCGGGACUCGAACGGGAUUAUCUUGACGUUCGUACGGAUCUGUCGAAUAGAGAAUGGUUCGGAUGGCUACUACGAGUCGUUUAGGAAAGACUUGCAACAAGUUGUACUUCCUUUAAUUGUUGAUCCGACUACAUUGACGGCAGAAAUUAGAACUAACGUCAGAGUCCCAGCAGAUGCAUUCCCCACCAUUAGUGGGUGUCCUUUGGUCUCGUUCCAGUACUUUAUCGAAGCUUUGAUCAACUUACUGGGUAAAUCUGUUGGGUUAGAAGACAAUGCUGCUGCUACAAACAACUUAGGUGCUGCCGUAGCCCACCAACAGGAACAAGGCGGUGGAGUACUGUCGAAUUAUAACUUCAAUUUCCGAAGCGACUUCAUCAAUACUGACAAAUAUAAACGGAUGAAGAAGUUUCUUCAACUAACUACGGAAGUGGUUAUUGGAACUUUCAGAUCAGAAAGUCCUUCAUUACCUUCGGCAACUCACACACCCCUCCAAACGGUUUUAGAACCUCCCUCUUCAAAUCCAGAAAGUCUUUCUUCUCCUCUAGACGACGGAAUGAUAAUUGCAGGAUCUUCUGUUACCGGAGGAUCAUCACCAGCUCAAAUGGAACAAGCUCCAACAUCACCAUUCCCGCAAGUUCCACUGUUCUCCAAUAUUUCUGUUCCAACUCCUCCUCCAUCUCAUUUUCCAGGUCCGUCAUCGUCUACAAUGGCAGGUACAGGUUUAUUUGACUUUGAACAUAGUUACGAUGUCGUGCCCUCAUAUUCAGAAACAAACCAAAACCAUUCCACGUUGCUUAUAUCGCCUCCAGAGCAGAACUUACCAGAAAAGGAGUUGUUACGAAUACAAGAGGCCAGUUUAUUCCCAUCUGCUCCUCCUGGAUUGGAUAUUCCGAUUCAGGCAGAGGAUACCGAUGAUAUCACUGAUGGGCAUCAAAUUCCAAAUGAAAUUUCAUCGACUGAUUUGAAUACGUUGGUUUCUAACGGUGCAGCCAUCGGAACAACUUCAUUGGAAGAAGAGUUGACAGGUGCUGAGAAUCAAUAUAAUUUUUUUGCUCCUCGUUCCUCUAACGACGGUUAA